AUGUUUUUACCUUUCUUUCUUUCUUUCUUUCUUUCUUUCUUUCUUUCUUUCUUUUUUUCUUUCUUUUUUUCUUUCUUUCUAUUUCCUUCUUUCCUUCUUUCUAUUUCCUUCUUUCUUUCUUUCUAUUUCCUUCUUUCCUUCUUUCUAUUUCCUUCUUUCCUUCUUUCUAUUUCAUUCUUUCUAUUUCUUUCUUUCUUUCUUUCUAUUUCCUUCUUUCUUUCUUUCUAUUUCCUUCUUACCUUCUUUAUAUUUGCUUCUUUCUAUUUCCUUCUUUCUAUUUCCUUCUUUCUUUCUUUCUUUCUAUUUCCUUCUUUCCCUCUUUCUAUUUCUUUCUUUCUAUUUCCUUCUUUCCCUCUUUCUAUUUCUUUCUUUCUAUUUCCUUCUUUCUAUUUCCUUCUUUCUUUCUUUCUAUUUCCUUCUUUCUUUCUAUUUCCUUCUUUCCUUCUUUCUAUUUCCUUCUUUCUAUUUACUUCUUUCUAUUUCCUUCUUUCUAUUUCUUUCUUUCUUUCUUUCUAUUUCCUUCUUUCCUUCUUUCUAUUUCCUUCUUUCUAUUUCCUUUAUUCUAUUUCCUUCUUUCCUUCUUUCUAUUUCCUUCUUUCUAUUUCUUUCUUUCUUUCUUUCUAUUUCCUUCUUUCUUUCUUUCUUUCUAUUUCCUUCUUUCCUUCUUUCUAUUUCCUUCUUUCCUUCUUUUUAUUUCCUUCUUUCUAUUUCCUUCUUUCUUUUUUUUCUAUUUCCUUCUUUCCUUCUUUCUAUUUCCUUCUUUCCUUCUUUCUAUUUCCUUCUUUCUAUUUCCUUCUUUCUUUCUUUCUAUUUCCUUCUUUCUAUUUCCUUCUUUCUUUCUUUCUAUUUCCUUCUUUCCUUCUUUCUAUUUCCUUCUUUCUAUUUCUUUCGUUCUUUAUUUCUUUCUUUCUAUUUCCUUCUUUCCUUCUGUCUAUUUCCUUCUUUCUUUCUUUCUAUUUCCUUCUUUCUAUUUCCUUCUUUCCUUCUUUCUAUUUCCUUCUUUCUAUUUCCUUCUUUGAUUCUUUCUAUUUCCUUCUUUCCUUCUUUCUAUUUCCUUCUUUCCUUCUUUCUAUUUCCUUCAUUCCUUCUUUCUAUUUCCUUCUUUAUUUCUUUCUAUUUCCUCCUUUCCUUCUUUCUAUUUCCUUGUUUCUAUUUCUUUCUUUCUUUCUACUUCCUUCUUUCUUUCUUUCUAUUUCCUUCUUUCCUUCUUUCUAUUUCCUUCUUUCUAUUUCCUUCUUUCUUUCUUUCUAUUUCCUUCUUUCUUUCCUUCUAUUUCCUUCUUUCUAUUUCCUUCUUUCCUUCUUUCUAUUUCCUUCUUUCCUUCUUUCUAUUUCCUUCUUUCUUUCCUUCUAUUUCCUUCUUUCCUUCUUUCUAAUUCCUUCUUUCUAUUUCCUUCUUUCUUUCCUUCUAUUUCCUUCUUUCCUUCUUUCUAUUUCCUUCUUUCCUUCUUUCUAUUUCCUUCUUUCCUUCUUUCUAUUUCCUUCUUUCUUUCCUUCUAUUUCCUUCUUUCCUUCUUUCUAUUUCCUUCUUUCUUUCCUUCUAUUUACUUCUUUCUUUCUAUUUCCUUCUUUCCUUCUUUCUAUUUCCUUCUUUCCUUCUUUCUAUUUCCUUCUUUCUUUCCUUCUAUUUCCUUCUUUCCUUCUUUCUAUUUCCUUCUUUUCUUCUUUCUAUUUCCUUCUUUCUAUUUCCUUCUUUCCUUCUUUCUAUUUCCUUCUUUCCUUCUUUCUAUUUCCUUCUUUCCUUCUUUCUAUUUCCUUCUUUCCUUCUUUCUAUUUCCUUCUUUCUUUCCUUCUAUUUCCUUCUUUCCUUCUUUCUAUUUCCUUCUUUCCUUCUUUCUAUUUCCUUCUUUCUUUCCUUCUAUUUCCUUCUUUCCUUCUUUCUAAUUCCUUCUUUCUAUUUCCUUCUUUCUUUCCUUCUAUUUCCUUCUUUCCUACUUUCUAUUUCCUUCUUUCCUUCUUUCUAUUUCCUUCUUUCCUUCUUUCUAUUUCCUUCUUUCCUUCUUUCUAUUUCCUUUUUUCCUUCUUUUUAUUUCCUUCUUUCCUUCUUUCUAUUUCCUUCUUUCCUUCUUUCUAUUUCCUUCUUUCCUUCUUUCUAUUUCCUUCUUUCUUUCCUUCUAUUUCCUUCUUUCCUUCUUUCUAUUUCCUUCUUUCUAUUUCCUUCUUUCUUUCCUUCUAUUUCCUUCUUUCCUUCUUUCUAUUUCCUUCUUUCCUUCUUUUUAUUUCCUUCUUUCCUUCUUUCUAUUUCCUUCUUUCCUUCUUUCUAUUUCCUUCUUUCUUUCCUUCUAUUUCCUUCUUUCCUUCUUUCUAUUUCCUUCUUUCUUUCUUUCUAUUUCCUUCUUUCUUUCCUUCUAUUUCCUUCUAUCCUUCUUUCUAUUUCCUUCUUUCCUUCCUUCUAUUUCCUUCUUUCUUUCCUUCUAUUUCCUUCUUUCCUUCUUUCUAUUUCCUUUUUCCUUCUUUCUAUUUCCUUCUUUCUUUCCUUCUAUUUCCUUCUUUCUUUCCUUCUAUUUCCUUCUUUCCUUCUUUCUAUUUCCUUCUUUCCUUCUUUCUAUUUCCUUCUUUCUUUCCUUCUAUUUCCUUCUUUCCUUCUUUCUAUUUCCUUCUUUCCUUCUUUCUAUUUCCUUCUUUCUAUUUCCUUCUAUUUCCUUCUUUCCUUCUUUCUAUUUCCCUCUUUCCUUCUUUCUAUUUCCUUCUUUCCUUCUUUCUAUUUCCUUCUUUCUUUCCUUCUAUUUCCUUCUUUCCUUCUUUCUAUUUCCUUCUUUCUUUCCUUCUAUUUCCUUCUUUCCUUCUUUCUAUUUCCUUCUUUCCUUCUUUCUAUUUCCUUCUUUCUUUCUUUCUAUUUCCUUCUUUCCUUCUUUCUAUUUCCUUCUUUCCUUCUUUCUAUUUCCUUCUUUCUUUCCUUCUAUUUCCUUCUUUCCUUCUUUCUAUUUUCUUCUUUCCUUCUUUCUAUUUCCUUCUUUCUUUCCUUCUAUUUCCUUCUUUCCUUCUUUCUAUUUCCUUCUUUCUUUCCUUCUAUUUCCUUCUAUCCUUCUUUCUAUUUCCUUCUUUCCUUCUUUCUAUUUCCUUCUUUCUUUCCUUCUAUUUCCUUCUUUCCUUCUUUCUAUUUCCUUCUUUCCUUCUUUCUAUUUCCUUCUUUCUUUCCUUCUAUUUCCUUCUUUCUAUUUCCUUCUUUCCUUCUUUCUAUUUCCUUCUUUCUUUCUUUCUAUUUCCUUCUUUCUUUCCUUCUAUUUCCUUCUUUCCUUCUUUCUAUUUCCUUCUUUCCUUCUUUCUAUUUCCUUCUUUCCUUCUUUCUAUUUCCUUCUUUCUUUCCUUCUAUUUCCUUCUUUCUUUACUUUCUCUCCUAAUCAUUUGCACUCUUUUAUCAUUUUUUCCUAAUUUUUUCACUCUUUUUUUCUUCGGUUCUUUCUUUACGUUUAUUUUCUUCUUCUCUUUCGUUCUUUUCUGCCAUUAA